UAGCUCCGUUUUGCAAAAAUAACAGUAAAAAUAUCAAAAGGCUUGGCACGGUUGUUAAGUUUCAUUAUUUUCCGCAAGAUGUUGAGUUAGCCCGACAAUGGGUUACAUUUUGCAGAAAAGAUGCAAAUUGGCGUCCGUCUAAAAAUGGUGCUAUAUGUUCGGAGCACUUUACGGCUAAUGAUUAUCAGUUAGAUCAAUCUCUAUGGAUCAAUAAUCAUCAUAACUUGCGACUAUUGAAGAUAACAGCGGUUCCUUCUAUAUUAAAGUGUAACCUAAUCCUCAAGCACAAAAAGAAGAAGGAGCUAGAAAAAGAGCGUACACAUAAAACAAACGCUCCUUCUAAGCCGGCUGAUGAUUUGGAAGGUGAAUGUAACGAGCCCUCGCUCAUAAAUGAGGAGCAGCUGGAAGAAGAGCGUACACAUAAAACAAGCACUCCUAACAACUCGCCCACUCGAUCGGAAUCUUGCGUAAAUAUUGAUCAUCUAUUUGAUCCGCUUGAAAGUGCGCCCCAGAGACAAUUAAAUGAGAUUCAACAAGUUAUUAAAGCCCUGGAAUCAGAAAAUGAGAAUUUGGUUAAAGUAAAUCUACAGCUGAGGCUCAGGUUAAAAGAAGUUGAAAAUGAACAUGGUGAAUUGAAAGUAGAACGUGAAAGAAUCAAAAAGGAACUGGGAAAUAAUGAUCGAAGUAAUUUAAAUAACGAAGCUUACUCACACAUUUAGAUUACAAAACGUCGAAAAUUAGCUUCUUGCGUUACAGAUAUCCCAUAUUUAAUGGGAUUCUCUUCGUCGCUAAUCUUGGGAGCCCAAUCUCCACAGGUUGAUCACAGAAUCGCCCUUAACCCGUACCGGAGCUGCUCGUUGAAUCUGAAAUAAAGAAAUUAAUUUAGGUAGAGGUAGAGAUAGGUAGAGAGCUACGAUUGCAUCAAAAUAAACACGAGCUUAAUGUCCUCUGCAGCGUGGCAGCGAACCUUGAACCUUCAAUUUAAUCUACGGUACAUCCGGUCCGGUGGAAAUCACGAUUCAUACGGCCCCUUCUGUGAUGUCUUCUGUGAAUUUGCUGCCAUAAACACAAGGCCGCCUCAUUGACAGGUCGCAAAUAAAACAUCAAAUUUGUUUUUGUUGUCGAAUCCUUGCGAGUGUGCCGCCGAUUUUCGUGAAAAAUCCUUAGUUCGUUGAAGAGGUAAAGCCCGCUGGCUCGUAUUUUCCGCACCCGCUCGACCAUCGGAAAGGUGUGGGAUUUGCACUCCAAAAUCCACCGACCAUGGCCACGGAAGUGGCAGUACCGACCUGUACCGAUUAUAAGGACCUCCUGGACGAAAGUUCGCGGAACAAAACGAGCGUCAAGUGUGAUCGAUGCGGCUCACUUAUGCUGAGACCGGCAAACGCAGAUUUCGCUGAUGUUGAGUACGAUCUACCAGAGGCACGACAGAAGCGGCAAGCAGCAGCAGCAGCAGCAGCAGCAACGGAAGAGUCGGCGGACAGCGAGGGUUUCACCUGCCAAAAGCUAAAGCACUUCUGGAUGGUUAAGGAUAUGUACACGUUCGAGAACAUCGGCUUCAGCAACACGGUGAACAACAAGAAGUACCUCAUAUGCGCCGACUGCGAGGUGGGCCCCGUGGGAUACUACGAUCUGGAAACGAAGCAGUGCUACGUUGCGCUGGAUCGCGUAAAACACGAGUAGCGAGACGGACUCGAAAGCAUGGCAACGGACGACAACGAAGCAAGCGAAACGAUUGUGUGACCCAAAGCACCCCCUCAGGUUGAUCUACUUUUUCUCUUAGCCUACUCGUGACUAAUAAAAGAAAUGCACCGGAAAUGCAUUCCAUUCCUUCAA